AAAACUCAACAAAACUCAACAGGAACCCAACAAAACCCAACAAAAUCUCAACAAAACCAACAAGAACCCAACGAAACCCAACAAGAACCCAACGCAACCCCCGGGGAAGCCCCAGCGGUGCCGCGCCGUGGCCGACGGUUGCCGCGGCUGAAGCCGCUGCGGCACGCGUCGCAGAAGGAGAUCGUGCUCUACGCCCACUUCCGGGGGCUGCCCUACGCCAGCGCCGAGUGCCGGCACGCGCCGCUGGCGUUCCGCGGGCACCCGCGGGCGCUGCUGAAGGAGCUGGAGGCCGCGCGGCCGGCGGCCGUGGCCGCGCUGGCGCACUCGGGCCGGCGGCUGGCGCUGGGCGCGGCGCCGGCGCGGGGGCGGCGCCCGGGGGCCUGCGGGCGCUGCGGCGCCGCCGCCAGCGGGCAGCUGUGCAUGGCCUGCGUCCUGCUGGCCGCGCUGGACCGCGGGCGGCCGCGGCUGGCGCUGGGCAAGCGCGGCCUCAGGGUGGCCACCGAGGGGGGCGGGGACGGUGGCCACUGGGAGGGUGGUCAAGGGGUCGGUGGUCAGUGGGGUGGUGGUCAAGGGGUCGGUGGUCACUUGGAUGGUGGUCAAGGGGCUGGUGGCCACCAGGAUGGAGUUGGUGGUCACUGGGGUGGUGGCCAAGGGGUCAGUGGCCACCAGGACGGAGUUGGUGGCCACCCACAGGGUAGCCAAGGCUGUGGUGGCCACGGCAGCUGUGGCUGCAGGGCCGGUGGUCAAGCGGCCAGUGGUCACUUCAGUGGUGGUCAGGGGGGAGCUGCUGGCCACAGUGACCACCACGCCCAGAGUUUUGAUGACCACCAAGCCCAAUUUUUUGGUGGCCACCAAGCCCAGGAUCUUGGUGGCCCUGAUGACCCUGGUGGCCGUGUUGGUGGCCCUGGUGACCACAAGGCUCAGAGGUUUGGUGGCCACCAGGCCCAAAGUUGUGAUGACCACCAGGCCCAGAGUUCUGAUGACCACCAAGCCCCGAUUUUUGGUGGCCACCAAGCCCAAAGUUCUGGUGGCCCCGGGUGGCCCGGGUGUCCCCGUUGGUGGCCCGGGUGUCCCCGUUGGUGGCCCCCGUGCAGGUGGAGCUGCAGGGCCGCGCCGGGCGCUCGGAGCGGCGCCCGCCUCGGCGCCUUCGGCCACGGUCCGGACGGGCCCGGGGACGCCGCGGGGGCUGGGGGACAUCUGGGACUUCUGAGGGGACACCGGGGACAUUUUGGGGACAUUUUUGUGGUUUGGGGUCAUUUUGGGGACAUUUGGGGGACAUUUUUGGGGUUUUUUGUGGUUUCUGGGGACAUUUUUGUGGUUUUUUUAGGACAUUUUGGGGACUUUUUUGUGGUUUUUGGGACAUUUUGGGACAUUUUGGGGCAUUUUUUUGUGGGUUUUGGGACAUUUUUGUGGGUUUUUUGGGACAUUUUGGGGCCUUUUUUGUGGUUUUUGGGACAUUUUGGGGACAUUUUUGUGGGUUUUGGGCCUUUUUUGUGGUUUUUGGGACAUUUUGGGGACGUUCCUGGGGUCACCUUGGGACAUUUUUGUGGGUUUUGGGGCCUUUUUUUGUGGUUUUUUUGGGACAUUUUGGGGCAUUUUGGUGGUUUUUGGGACAUUUUUGUGGUUUUGGGGGACAUUUUGGGGACAUUUCUGUGGGUUUUGGGACAUUUUGGGGACAUUUUUGUGGGUUUUUGGGACAUUUUGUGGUUUUGGGGACAUUUUGAGGCCUUUUUUGUGGUUUUCGGGACAUUUUGGGGCCUUUUUCGGUUCCUGGGGUCAUUUUGGGUCACUUGGGGCCUUAUUUGUGUUUUUUUGGGACAUUUUGGGGCCAUUUGGGACAUUUUGAGGACAUUCCUGGGGUCACCUGGGGACAUAUUUGUGGCUUCUGGGACAUUUGGGGGCAUUUUUGUGACAUUUUGGUACAUUUUUGGGGUUUUUUGUGGUUUCUGGGGACAUUUAUGUGGUUUUUGGGACAUUUUGGGGACUUUUUUCUGGUUUUUGGGGACAUUUUGGGGACUUUUGGGACAUUUUGGGGACAUUUUUGUAGUUUUUAGGGCCUUUUUUGCGUUUCUUUGGGACAUUUUGGGGACUUUUUUGUGGUUUUUGGGACAUUUUGGGGACAUUUUGGGAUCCUUUGGGACAUUUUGAGGAUGUUCCUGGGGUCACCUGGGGACAUUUUUGUGGUUUUGGGGACAUUUUGGGGACAUUUUUGUGGGUUUUUAGGACAUUUUGGGGCCUUUUGUGUGGUUUUUUGGAUAUUUUUGGUCUCUUGGGAACUUUUUGGGACAUUUUGGGACAUUUUUGUGGCUUUUGAGACAUUUUGGGGACUUUUUUGUGGGUUUUUUUGGGACAUUUUGGGGACAUUUGGGACAUUUUGAGGACAUUCCUGGGGUCACCUGGGACUUUUUUGUGGUUUUUGGGACAUUUUGGGGCCAUUUUUGUGACAUUCUGGGGACAUUUUUGUGGUUUGGGGACAUUUUGGGGUUUUUUUUGUUUCUGGGGACAUUUUUGUGAUUUUUUGGGGACUUUUUUGUCGUUUUUGGGAUAUUUUGGGUCUCUUGGGGACUUUUUGGGACAUUUUGGGGGAUAUUUUUGUGGUUUUUUCGGACAUUUUGAUGACUUUUUUGGUUCCCUGGGGUCAUUUUGGGUCUCUUAGGGACUCUUGGGGGCAUUUUGGGGUCUUUUGGGGACAUUUUAGGGACUUUUUUUUGGUUUUUAAGGACAUUUUGAGGCCUUUUUUUGUGGUUUUUGGGAUGCUUUGGGUCUCUUAGGGACUUUUUGGACAUUUUGGGGACAUUUUAGGGACAUUUUGGGGACUUUUUUCGUUCCCAGGGGUCAUUUUGGGUCUCUCGGGGACAUUUUGGGACAUUUCGGAGUCACUUUGGGGACAUUUUGGGACAUUUUUGGGACAUUUUGAGGUCUGUAGGGACAUUUUGGGGACAGCUGGGGACUUUUUUGGGUUGUUUUUGGACAUUUUGGGGUCCCUGGGGACAUUUUUGGGCUCUUUUGGGACAUUUUUGGGAUCCUUGGGGCCUUUCGGGACAUUUUUGGGGCCCCUGGGGACGUUUUUGGGGACAUUUUGGGGUUUUUUAGGACAUUUUUGGGGGUUUUUUUGGGACAUUUUUAAAGAAUUUUGGGACAUUUUGAGGAUUUUUUUGGGGACAUUUUUGAGGAUUAUUUUGGGGACAUUUUUGCCGCUUUUUGGGGCAUUUUUGGUGGUUUUCGGGUCAUUUUGGGACAUUUUUGGUUUUUUGGGCUCCCCGGGGCCUCCAAACGAAGGGGGCGUGGCCAGCGCGGUUUAUGCAAAUGAGCUUCAGCUUCGGUGGGCGUGUCCUUACGAACCAACCCAAUAAAGCGAAAUUAAACCUUUAA